UUACCCUUUUUUUUUUUCUUCUUCUUCUUCGGGCUGUUGGUGGAAGCUCCCGAGCUUUGGUGGAAUUUUCCUGGGGGGAGAGACGGCGGGAUGGAACCGCCGGUUGGGAACAAGUUCCGGCUCGGCCGCCAGAUCGGGAGCGGCUCCUUCGGGGAGAUCUAUCUCGGGACCAAUAUCCAGAUGAACGAGGAGGUCGCCAUUAAGCUGGAAAAUGUAAAGACAAAACAUCCUCAGUUGCUCUAUGAAUCAAAGAUUUACAGGAUUUUACAAGGAGGAACUGGAAUACCAAAUGUCAGAUGGUUUGGUGUCGAAGGAGACCACAACGUCUUGGUUAUGGAUUUGCUGGGGCCAAGCCUCGAGGAUCUAUUUGAUUUUUGCAGCCGCAAAUUGUCGCUUAAGACUGUACUUAUGCUUGCCGAUCAGAUGAUAAAUCGAGUGGAGUUUGUCCAUUCCAAGUCUUUUCUGCAUCGAGACAUCAAGCCAGAGAAUUUUCUCAUGGGCCUUGGUAGGCGAGCUAAUCAGGUAUAUGUUAUAGACUUUGGUCUUGCUAAAAAGUACAGGGAUACUUUAACUCAUCAACACAUCCCAUACAGAGAGAAUAAGAACUUGACUGGGACAGCAAGAUAUGCAAGUCUGAACACUCAUCUUGGCAUUGAACAAAGCCGAAGAGAUGACUUGGAAUCUCUUGGAUAUGUACUCAUGUACUUCCUAAGGGGAAGCCUACCAUGGCAAGGUCUGAAAGCAGGAACAAAGAAGCAAAAGUAUGAGAAGAUCAGUGAGAAAAAAGUUGCAACAUCAAUUGAGGCUUUAUGUCGUGGGUGUCCUACCGAGUUCACAACAUAUUUCCAUUAUUGCCGCUCGCUCCGGUUUGAUGACACGCCUGAUUAUUCCUACAUUAAGCGACUCUUCCGUGACCUCUUUAUCCGCGAAGGUUUUCAGUUUGAUUAUGUAUUUGACUGGACAAUACUGAAGUACCAGCAAUCACAGAUUGCUAGUGCACAAUGACCAGUCAACCACUUACGUUCAUGCAUUGUAGAAAAAUUCAUUACCAAGAAGAGUGUUGAACUCAAUUAUGUAUGAACUAACAUUGCGAUAGUAAAGAACAUCGUUAGUUUUAUGCUUGAAAUUCUCACACUGAGCCCAUAAUAGCUAAUGAUCUAUCA